CCAUUGAUUGAAUAAUUUGAAACAAGUGCAUCCGACCACAACCCAAACAAUUCUAACGCGCUGCCAUCUUCUUCGUCGCUGCAGUUCAUUUUUCCUGGGAAAUUAUGGUUAAUCAGGGAGGAGGAGGAGCAGUAGCCGUUGCGCAAAUACCAACGAGCUUUGGGCAUGAGCUGAGAGCCUGCCUUCGCUGCCGGCUUGUCAAGACCUAUGACCAGUUUAGGGAAUCUGGGUGUGAGAACUGCCCCUUCUUUCAGAUGGAAGACGAUCAUGAAAGAGUUGUUGACUGCACAACCCCCAAUUUCACAGGGUUAAUCUCUGUCAUGGACCCGACUAGAAGUUGGGCCGCGCGUUGGCUCCGUAUUGGAAAAUUUGCUCCUGGUUGCUAUACGCUUGCGGUCUCUGAAGCACUGAAUCCCGACUUGCAGAAUAUAUGUGAAGAAGAGCACGUGCCUUACGUUCUUCCUAAACGUGUCUGACUCGCUACUUGAUUGUGCGUCCAGCUGAUCUUCCUUUCCCCUAGUCUGUCUACCUGUUUAAUAUGCCUUCCACCCUCUCCCUAGAAAACUCAACGUAGAAUAUGAUAGACAGAGACCUGCUACAGUGUAAACAUUUCACUAUCGAUGAAUUUAUCUUGUGAUGUGUGGAUUUGUAGUUUUUGCA